GGCUAGUGGAGAGCUAGAGAGAAGAAGCAAAGAAAUGGCCUUGAUUUCCACUCAUAACCCUUGGCUUUUCGUUUUUGGUGUUCUAGGUAACAUUUCCUCGUUCGUGGUUUUCCUAGCUCCAAUUGCAAUGCUUUGGAUCUACUAUGCCUUACUCAAAUCUGAUGCUUUCCUUCUCAUCACCAUCAACGCCUUUGGUUGUGUCGUUGAGACCAUUUACAUUGCUUUCUACAUCACUUAUGCCCCAAGGAAAGCUAGGAUUCCCAACAUUCUUGGAGUCAUAUUUGGGUUGCUUCAGAUGGUGCUGUAUGCAGUAUACAGGAAUAAGUCCAAGAUGUUGGUGGCAGCGGAGGUUCAGUCGCCCCAACAAAGCACUGAUAUGACCAAACUUGGAACACAUCCCCUCAACUGUGGCAAAAACAUUGAGAAUAAGGAACAGAAUGAAAAUGAUCGCCAAAAUAUCGAUCAGACUGGGAAUAGCAUGGAGGUUUUCUACUCGAAUCCGCAAAUUGCUCUUGAAGUUUAAUUGCAAUACCCCUUCGCAACUGUAGGAAAUAUAUGAAUGUGUUUCCUGUUUCAUGUUCUAGUUUUUUAACUUGAGAUUUGUAUUUCUCUAAAUGUAAGAAGCCUAACCAAAAGUUGGGCGCGCAAAAUAAAUUCUAAAUGUAGUU